AUGCCACCCCAGUUCUUAUUCGUCAAUAAGGAUGCCGCCAGCAGCUCGCUGACCCGCAGCAGCGCCGCUGAACAGACCUCGAUCAAUUCUCAUGUCCAGCGUGGUCGUCGACAUCGGCGCUCUGCCACCAGCGCCAGUCGCGCUGGGACGAGGGCGCGGAAGAAUGCGACCCGGGAAAAGCCUACUACCUCUCUAACAGAUCCCGACCUGGUCGACUCCUCGCCAUCUCCGCCCAAGGUAAAGACUGAACCCAAAGAAGACGAUACCGACAAUAAGACAUGGCUACCCGCUAGACUGUCGCCGCGCGCCAAGUUCGCCGAGCAGCCAAAACGGGAAAAUCUUGAAUCACCAGCCUCGACUCGCAGAAAAUCCACCAAGCCGAAGACACCAAAGUCGCUGGCCGGGCCAACCGUCGAGAAAAAAGCAGUUGUGUUGCUGAACUCCCCGCGUGCCGUCGAAACCCCUCGGGAUAUCAGUCAGAUCACUUCGACCUCUCUCGACCCCUUCGGUCAAUCAGUUGUCAAACUCGACCCACAUGUCGCAAAGCUUUGUCGGUACUUUUGCGAAAUCUUCCACCCCAGCGUGUGGCACGCUGAGACGUGGGCCUCGCGAGAAGGGUCAUACACGUACCAGACUACCGCUGUGGAUGUUGUUCGCCGAGCCAUGCAGAGUGAAGUUGAAAUGAAUGCAAUGCUCGCCAGCAUGGCCGCUAGAAUCGAGAACGUGGAUAUGGUCCCCGGCCAGGGUACGGACAAGUACAUGGGCAACGCUCUGGAAGCGGUGCGGCGGCGCUUCAGUUCUGCCCCAAAACAACAGUUGCUCCUGAUUGUCUUUCACCUAUAUGCAGCAGAUGCCUACCGACAGAACUAUCAAGCGGCGAAGAUACAUAUGCAAGCAGCAAAAGUGCUGUUCGAUUCUUGGGGUGGCCUCCACCAUGUACCAGACCCAGCAUUGAAGGAGCUUUUUAUCAUUGGCGAUGGGCACAUGUCUGCCGUUCUUCUGGAGCCGUGCAGUCUGCCAUGUGAAUACGAUCCUGGCCCAUACUGGGUUGUCACUCCGCCUCAGCUGCAGCUUGCUCCCCAACAAGACUUGAUCCGUUUUGCGCCUGCUCUGCAGCGACUAUGUCUCCAGGGAUAUUUCCCGGAGGAGCUAGUGGAGAUCAUACAGGAGACGGCGGAAUGCUCUUGGGUAUUGCAUCAUGCACCACUGGGAGCACCGGAGGCGUCAAAGCAUGCGGCGAGAUGGCUACAGUGGCGUCACGCAGCAGUUCGAUACCGGCUUCUGGCCCUGGAAUAUCCAGGAUCUAGCCUCGACGCCUUCCGUGUAGGGUUACUCAUGUGGAUCUUGACGUCUAUGGUGAUACUUGGGUUGAAGCGAUUGGGAAGCUUGAUUGCACCAAAACUACGAGCCAUCUUCUGGUCAGUCGAUGGACCACAUAGUCAGUGGGAGGGAUUAUCGCAGCUCAAGACAUGGGUGCUUACGAUCGGUGCCAUGUGCUCUAUGAUUGGCACUGAGGACGAAAAGUGGUUCAUUGAGCAGCUUUUUGAGAUCGGGUUCGUGGAGCAUAUCAGACAGUUCCAGGAAACGCACCCAGACUUCGACACGCUCGAUGUGCUGAGGAACUUUCAAGAAAAGUUUUUCUACUACGACGCUCUUCAACGAGUCAGGCUGGAGAGGUUGGCACGUCUCCUCAGCGGUGGGUUGAGCGAGACACCAAGUUCGGCUUCGCAGAGCAGUCCCAGUGACCUAUCGCGGAAAUCAAGAUCACCGGUAUGA